AUGAAGGCUUUCAAAGAUAUGUCUUCUACUGCAAGGGAAGCAAAUCUGGAAAACGUAGAUAUUCACAGUAUUCCAUUUGGAGAAGAGUCUUUGUGUACUACUUGCCGAGCUGUAUUUGACUUCUUCCUCUCAGCUUACAAACUCAAGGUGCCCGACCAAGUAUCACGGGCUUUACUUGUCAAACUGUGUACAUCUUUGUUUACUGAGUCUGUAUGUCAAGGAGUUGUGGACCUUAAUGUGCCAGUAUUUAUUGAAAUACAAAAGAGGAAGCCUGAUUUGAACUCAUAUCAAAUCUGUGGAACAAUUUUUGAGCAAUACUGUGUGGAAAGCCCAGUUGUGGAGUGGUCGCUUAAUAUCCCUGGAAAGAAUGAACGGACUACCCAACCGAACAAUUCAACGUCAAGACGAUAUCGAGACGCCAAUCAAGCCCAGGAUACAAUAGAGAUAGUUCAUGUGACUGAUACCCAUGUCGACUUAAAGUAUGCAGCAGAGGCGAAGAGCACAGGCUGCAGAGAGCCUAUCUGCUGCAGGAAUUACCAAGGUGAACCGGAGGCGGGAGACAAGGCUGCAGGUACUUGGGGCAGUUACCCUGGCUGUGAUAUUCCAAUGAGUUCUGCAGAAGAUACUUUGACUGAAGCGGCUGCAAACAACAAGAAAUACAAGUAUCUGUAUAUGACUGGAGAUCUUAUAGCUCACAAUCUUUGGGAAACUACACAAGAGAGCAACUCAAAACAAAUACAAGAUCAAGGAAUACUGUUUCACGAAAAGUUUGAUGGAACAAAGAUUUUUCCUGUGUUGGGAAAUCAUGAGCCACAUCCAGCCAAUGUGUUGGCACCUCUGAAAAUAAAUGUCCCUGAGUAUAAUGGCCAGUGGUUGUACGAAGUUUUCUACGAUUCUCUGUGCAAAGAUUUACCUCCGGAGGCCAAAACUACAUUUAUGAAAGGAGGAUUCUACUCAGUGUCUCCAGAAGAAGGUUUUCGUGUUAUUGGGCUCAACACCUUAUUUGGAUACGGUUUUAAUUGGUGGAUGAUCCUAGACCCAGUAGACCCUGCAGAUCAGCUGGCAUGGCUCGUAGAAGAACUUUUGGAGGCCGAGCGUAAAAAGGAGAAGGUUCACAUACUGAUGCAUGGACCAACCAGUGAGCCCGACACUCUACAUGUAUGGAGCAGAGAGUACCACAGAGUGAUGGAGAGGUUUCAGGACACAGUGGCUGCCCAGUUUGUGGGCCACACUCACAGAGAUCAGUUUUAUUUGUAUUAUGGUCAAAACACGGAAUCAGAUCCUUAUUCAGUAGCUUGGAAUGGAGGGAGUGUUACCACAUAUACAGAUGUAAACCCAAACUACAAGGUCUACUACGUUAACCAUCAAAACUACAUGGUGGAAGAUAUUGACACAUACAUCUACAACUUAACAGAGGCUAAUCUCAACCAAGGAAAAUCUCCAGACUGGUUUAAAUUGUAUUCCUUCAAAGAUGCAUACGACCUACCAUCACUAUCAUAUAAAGAUCUGGAUGAUUUAGUAACCAAAUUGGCAGUUGAUGAUAGAUACUUCCGUAAAUACAAUUUGUAUUUUUAUAAAAACAGUGAUGUUGCAUAUGAACAAGAUUGCACCGGUAGUUGCCGUCAGCAACAACUAUGCUUGAUUGUCUCUACAGCCAACGAAACUGAAUGUGAAAGCAUACUCAGCAACUAG